AUGGGUGGACUUUUCUUCUUAUACGGUCAAGAUGGUGAAUCGAUCGUUCAUAUAUCAUCUGACAUUUUGAUUAAGAGCUCUGAGAUAGCUUUGGAUGACCUUAUUGAUUUCGUGUAUCCAGAUAUGUUAUCCAAUUUAUCCGUUGAAAAUUAUUUCAAGGAUAGAGCAAUUCUUGCACCAACUUUGGAUUAUGUCACUGAUGUCAACAACAAGAUGACUGCAGGGUUACUUGGACAAGAAAGAGUCUACUUAAGUUCAGACUCUGUGUGUGCUGAAGAGGGAAAUAUGGAAUUUGAGUUAGAUGCUUUCUCGCCGGAGAUUUUAAAUGUAAUAAAUUGUUCAGGUCUACCACCACACAAGUUGGUUCUGAAGGUUGGUGCUCCUAUUAUGUUGCUGCGGAAUAUAGACCAAACUAAUGGUUUGUGCAAUGAAACGAGGAUGCAAGUUAGAAGAAUGGGAAAUCAUGUGUUAGAAUGCAAGACUUUAACUGGUAACAAAGCUGGAAGUAUUGGACAAACUCUAUCGAAAGUUGGAAUUUACCUUCCAAUGUCAGUUUUCACCCAUGGUCAAUUGUAUGUUGCGUUAUCAAGGGUAACGAGUAAAGAUGGUCUGCGAGUGCUGUUGCAAGAUCAUGGACACUUGGAAGAUAACUGCACGAUGAAUGUGGUAUAUAGAAAAGUUUUUGAGAUCCUAUAA